CGCACCCCGGAAACGUGAUGCAUUACCAAGAUCCUGUUUACACAUUAGCUUACUAUUCUAGUUGCUGAACAAGAGAACUCAAAAUGGGGUUGGACUGUGGAGGAAAGAUGGGACAGUUUAUCCUUGUGAUAAUCAACACAGUGUUUUUGUUGAUGGGCCUGGGGUUGUUCAUCCCAGGAAUCGUCCUACAAACCAACAUUGACUUUGUGAGCGACGAAAUUAAGCCGGUUCUGGACCAGGUUAGCGUGACGGGAAUAGCCCUUGGUGACGUAGUUAAGAACCUCGGCAUCGGCUUCAUCAUCGUUGGGGUGUUUGUAUUCUUGGUUGCAGUGCUGGGGUUAAUGGGAGCCUGCUGCAAAAGCAAAUGUUUACUGACAAUCUACGCUAUUAUCGUGUUGCUCAUUCUGUUGUCCCAAAUUGUCGUCGUCAUCCUGUGGUUCACAAUGCAAAACCAGCUAAACUCUGUCGUAAAGGACGAGUUGUCGACGUCGUUAAAAAAUAACUUCCGCGAGGAUAAAUUGAACGGAUCCAACCAACUCAGUAACGGAUGGAACUACAUCUUUCUCACACUGAAAUGUUGCGGAGUGAACGCCGUGACGGCCGGAAAUGCCGGUGACUUUGCCAAUACGCCCAACUGGACAAAAGGUUCGAAGAAGAUCCCAACCUCCUGUUGCAUUGGAGUGACCGCUUCGAACUACACUGCACCACCAACAUGUACAGACAACGUUGCUGCGGGAACUUACUACACUUCGGGCUGCUAUGACGCUCUGAUCAACAAAUUCGACACUUCAAAGUACAGCAGCGUGUUCCUAGGUGUAGGGGUUACUAUCAUCAUCAUCGAGAUUCUAGCAUUCGUCAGUUCAAUUUUGAUGUGUAGAGGAAAUUAUGGCGAAGGAAACUUGGCUUAAGAUCUUCAUAUUCUCGCUAUGCUCGCCUCAAUUUGCAUUUGUCGGGGACAAGAAGAUUGAGAAAAAUUCACUGAAUGAAUAAAAAACCACGGAUACUUUUACCAUCAUAAAUUAACCAAACUAACUGUCAUAUUCGCAUAAAUUUUCGUGCGUGAGAAAGUAAAUUGCUCUUAAACAAAGAUGAAGAUUUCCUGUGGAAACAUCCCCCCAAAAGCGAAACAUUUGUAUUUCUCUCAUGUAUAGUUUUUGUACUGCAGUGAUAAACGUUUCCAGUUUUCAUUUUUUGUAUGAAAUAUCUCAAUUUUCUUUUGAUUUUGAUUAUUCAAUAAAUACAUGUACCUUCUAAA